AAAUUUCCCUUUGUUCCAUAUACAAAAUUCACCUUCUGGCCCUAUCCUCGCUUUCCAGCUCUUCGCUUCGCCCCAGGUUUUCUCCGAGGAAGAAAAUGGCUGGUCGCAAGAAUCCGUCAAUGUCGCCGACCGCAGACGCCGGCGAACCUCCGUCGUCAACCAAAAUGGAGGCGGCUGUGCGGAAAUGGAUCGAAGGCAUUGUAGUGAAAUCUCCGGCCGCCGGAAGCAUGGAUCCCUGGAACGGCGAGUUGUUCGACGCGAUCCCCCUUACCAGUCUCCAUCUCACGUUCACCGGCGGCGGUCGUGCUCUUUGCUCUUACCGCGUUCAUGCUUCUGUUGCGGACGAGGAGGGGAAUUGGCAUCUGGGGGCGAUCGCGACGGUGAUGGACGACAUUGGCGCGGCGGCAAUAAUGUCGGCUGUUGGCGAGAUCAAGAUUUCCGUCGAUUUUAGCAUAUCGUUCUUCUCACGUGCCAAGAUCGGCGAUGAGGUGGAAAUCGAGGCAAAGAUCGUGGAGGAUAAGGGGAAGCUGACAGCGGUGGUGAUUGAGGCCCGACUUAAAAAAACUGGCCAGCUCGUGGCGAUCGGCCGGCAGUGGAUGUCGUUCACGCCUGCGUUCCAUCGCAGCAAAAUGUAAAGAAAAGAAAAGCACUCCCAGCUCCGCUAAAAAUCGCUGAUCAAACCCCUCAGCUGCUUGAAACUAGAACUCUUCCCUUUCGUCUCUCGCUGGUUUGCUGCAGGUAACCCUUUCCCGUCUGCAUGAAAGCACCUUCCUGUUUGAACUUG